UGAUAGAUUAAGAAGCCGCACACCGAAGCGACAUUAAUAGGCAACAAUGAUCCUGUUUAGAGCUGGUUCAAUUUUGGGCCUCUUGAUCCUAGUCAGCGGGUUCCGAGAGUACGAGAAGAAGGACCUGCUCGCUCUGCGUGAGGAGGUACGCACCAUGUUCGAUUACGCCUACUCCAGCUACCUGACCUACGCUUAUCCAUAUGACGAACUACGUUCACUCAGCUGCGACGGCUUCGAUACCUGGGGCAGUUUCUCCCUGACGUUAAUUGAUGCUUUGGAUACGCUCGCGGUCAUGGGCAAUUUUACCGAGUUCCGUCGCGUCGCUGAGAUAAUCAGCGCGCGAGCCAAUUUUGAAGCCAACAUCAAUGUCUCCGUAUUUGAGACAAAUAUUCGGGUGAUAGGUGGUCUACUGAGCGCCCAUCUGCUGUCACGCAAGGCUGGCGUCAAGCUGGAGCCAGGCUGGCCUUGCAACGGCCCACUGCUGCGUCUCGCCGAGGACAUGGCCAAAAGACUGAUUGCCGCAUUCGACACACCUACUGGGAUGCCUUAUGGCACAGUAAAUCUCAAAUAUGGAGUACCAGAAGGUGAAACCAGCAUCACUUGCACAGCUGGCAUUGGUACGUUCAUUCUGGAGUUUGGUACUCUCUCCAGGUUGACAGGUGACCCACUAUACGAGGAGGUAGCUAUAAAUGCCAUAAAGGCUCUGCACUACUAUAAAUCCAAUAUCGGCCUGGUUGGUAAUCACAUAGACGUGCUGACUGGUCACUGGACCGCUCAGGAUUCCGGUAUCGGCGCUGGAGUGGAUUCUUACUUUGAGUAUUUGGCAAAAGGCACCUUACUGUUCCAAGAUCCCUUACUGGCUUCAAUAUUUCAAGAGCACAGGAACGCCAUAGAGAAGUACAUUCGUCGGGAAGAUUGGCAUUUGUGGGUUUCCAUGACUAAGGGUCAAGUUACCUUGCCAGUGUUCCAGUCUCUAGAUGCGUACUGGCCUGGUGUGCUGAGCCUAUUCGGCGAGAUUGGUGACGCGAUGAAGUCGCUGCACAAUUAUCACCGUGUGUGGAAGCAGUUUGGCUUCACUCCAGAGUUCUACAACAUACCGCAGGCCGAGGCAGGCACCAACAGGGAAGGUUACCCUUUGAGACCAGAGCUUAUUGAAUCCGUUAUGUAUCUUUACAGAGCAACCAAGGAUCCUUAUUUGAUCCAAGUGGGAGUGGAUAUACUCAGGAGCUUGCAGCACAGCGCCAGAACAGCGUGUGGCUAUGCGACAAUCAACGACGUACGGGAUCAUCGCAAAGCCGAUCGAAUGGAGUCCUUCUUCUUGGCGGAAACCACUAAGUAUCUGUAUCUUCUGUUUGACACUGACAACUUCAUCCACAACACUGGUUCCGAGGGAGAGAUCAUCGACACACAAUGGGGUCAGUGUGUGGUGGACGCCGGCGGAUACAUUUUCAACACUGAGGCUCACCCGAUCGACCCCGGUGCCCUGUACUGCUGUCAUCCGGCGCAAGAGAUCUUCCCAGAUAAGAAGCCGAUGCUGAAAAGAUUCCUGCCGGUGCAGGAACUGUCGAUGGAUAUCUUCGCGUCGAAUAAUCAUUAUCACGAGGACAAAGUCACCGGCAAAAAUUCGGAUCUGUCGCCGAUCACGAUCGCAAAGCUGUCCGAGAUUAGACAUCAUCCUGCGAACAAGAGAGAGUCAGUUUUCAACGAGAGCUCGCUGACAAACGUUUCGGCGACGAGCACACUGGCGAACCCAGCUGUGCGUGAAGAUGCCCAAGUCGAGGAGUCCGAAAGGUCAAAUCGGAGCGCGAAUCCAGACAGUCAGCUGCCUACGACGGCGCAAAUUCUCGGCCCCUCGUCGACAAUCUACAAAGCUGACGACAGUGAAGUUUCCGACAGCUUGGAGCCGCCGCUCUCAUCCAACGGACAAUAUUCAAAUUCUGCUGGCGUACAUAAUAAUCUGCCGAACGCCACACCGAGUCCGAUCAAGAUCAGAUUCGAGCCGCAGAUACUGCUGGAGAACAUCAGACACGGCAAUUUGUAUCCGACCAACAUUACCGCGAGACAGAACUACCAAACACUGUCCUGUCAGGCUCAACCAUUUCUGCAACGAAUAUCAAUUAUAGGGGAAUUUUUUUAAUCAACGCUUGUGGAAGGUAUAUGUUUCUACAAAAGAAAAGAAUCUGUUCUUGAGAAUUUUCUUUUUCUGUUUCAUUUUCUAUCGCGGUCUUGCAUUUUUAUUAGCUAAUUUUUGCAAUCCUGUUUAGUGCGAGAAACCGCGUUGUACUUUAGGGUAUAUUCCUGUGAUAAUAGUUGCUGUAUAAUUUUUAAUAAAUAUAAAAUCUGUAAAUAAUGUAUAUGAGUCAUACAUUUAUA